AUGCCUCCUCGGACCAUUGGGACCGCACAGAAGGCCUGAGCAAACGAGGACUGCCCUAAUUCGCUUCCACCGACGCGAACGAACCUGACGAUCCGAUCCUGCUUCCGCACGGCCCAAGAGCGUGCCUCGACCAGUCGACAUGGCAGCGCCGCUCGGCGCGCUGGUCGAGUUCCACGGCUCGCGCAUUCUCCUGGACUGCCCGCUAGACCCCUCGCCCUGGUUGCGCCUUCCCCCGACCCUGUCCGCAUGGUUACCAGUUUCGCAAAACUCGCCUAAGAAGCUCGAUCGUUUCGUUGAGCGAGAGAGUUUCAGGCAGCCUCGCCCCGCCGACCGAGCCGACCCUCGCCGCCGCUCUCCGCGUGACUCCCGGCGCUCGCCGCAUUCGCCGCGCGCACUGACACACGCCGCCCAGCUCGCUCCUUCUCGCCCCUCCCACCCCUCGCCGUCUCGCGCUGCUGAUUCUCUCGCUGCCGCGCCCUCUUCCGCUGCUGCCGCCGAACCUGCACCCCCUGGCGCAACAUUUAACCCCCGUGCCGCUGCUCUGGAUCCGUCCGAGCCAACAGGUUCGGACCGAACCACACAUCCUACGACCACACCUCGCGAUCUGCCCAGCACAACAGCCUCAGUCGCAGCCCUUCCCCGGGUCCUGGCGCUGCUACAUCAGCAUGGUUCCCGAGCCUCGGGAUCAGGUCUGGCGCGCAGGCGCGAGGUUCGGAAGAGGCAGAGGUUGGGCAUGUGCUUGUCGUCCGGUCUAGAGUUGAGGCAGGAGGGAGGAGGAGAUCUCAGGGAAGGUGAGGAGGGAAGCGGAGAGGGGGGCGAGGGAGCAGAGGGGAAGAGGAGAGAACAUGGCAGUGCUGGGGAUACAGAGGUGGGAGGGACGGGCCAACGAGCAAAGUCAGAACUUGGUGGUUCGAUCAGAGGGCCAAGCAGCAAUGAGGCCGGCAAUGCAGCCGGCAAUGCAGCCGGCAAUGCAGCCGGCAAUGCAGCCGGCAAUGCAGCCGGCAAUGCAGACGGCAGUGGGGUGCAUGCGAGGGCCGUGGGCGAGAGGAGGAGUCACGCUGGCGAUGACGGCGUGGAGAGGGGCGAGAAGCGGCAGAGAGUGCGUGCGAGCAUGGGGGGCAGCGGCGCACCUUUCUCCCCCAGCCCCAAUGAUGGUCAUGACCAUGACCGCGCCUCCUCCUGUUCCUGCCCUUGUCUGCGCCUCUCCUUCCCCCUCCCCUCCCCCAUGCCAACCCCACAUCCUGCUCUCGCGCUGCCAUUCGCCCUCACUGCCACGUCAGCAGCGUCUGACGUGGAUGCCAUCCUUGUGUCGAGUCCGGAGGGCCUUCUCGGCCUGCCUCUGCUGCUGCGCCACCACCGACAGCACUACGCCCACCGACCUCCGCCCAAGGUGCUGUGCACCGAGGCCGCUCUGCGCAUCGGCAGGCUGCUCGUGAAGGAGAGGGCAGCGCUGAUCGGAGAGAAGGGCUUGGUUGCUGCUGACCCUACCAUGCAAGACAAGGCGCCUGGUGAUUUUGCGUCCCAUGCUUCCCUCAGCGAGCGCGAGUUGCUGGCGUCCCUGGCCUGCGUCCGAGGCGUGAGGUUCGGCGAGGGGGUUGACCUCGGCACGGGCGUCACUGCCACUGCGUCUGCCUCAGGUGGCACUCUUGGCUGCGCCUCCUGGUCGCUCCUCCACUCCCCCACCUCGUCCCACUCGCCCACGCACACCUGCCACGCCUCCCACGUGCACACUUGUCUCACCUCCUCCCCUUCCUCGUCUCGCCCUCCACACCAGUGCGACCUCGCCCUUGUCUUCCCUCCCCUGCCCUAUCGCUCUCUCGCCGCUCCGCCGCAGCUCGAGCCAAUAGGCACUUGCCACGUGGCAGCACUGUGUGGGUCCACGUCACUCAGCUCUGCUGACAGAUGGGCGAAGGAAAGGAAAGAUGGGGGAUUUGGGAAAGCAGGGAGGUGUGACUAUGGGGGAGGUGGUGCAGCGUGUGGCAGGGCAGCGUGUGGCAGGGCAGCGUGUGACAGUAUCGAAGGGAUAGUGGAUCUGAUUGCAAGGCGGGUGGCGGAGGGAGGGCGAGUGGUGGUCCCGUGCUCCCCUCUGGGCCCCUCCUUGGACCUCAUGCACGCCCUCCUCCCCCCCUCCUGCUCCCCGCCACCUGCCGUGCCAGCCUCACCACCAUCAGCAUCAGCAGUACCAGCAGCAGCAGCAGCAGCAGUAACCCAAGUGCGAGUGCCAGUGGUGUAUCUCUCCCCGGUGGCCAAGCAGGCGCUCUCGCUCGCCUGCAUUCUGCCCGAGUGGAUGCACCCCUGCGUGCACCACAAGCUCUUCGCAGGCCAGCCCAUCCACGCCAUCAGCAGCGCGCUCCUCUCCCACCCCGCCUCCUCCACCCCCCACACUACCUCCAUUCCCUCCCCUGCUGACGCACGUGCUGACGUCAGCAUGGGUGUGCGCAUGGUGGAGCUGCCUGGAGCCGUGGCGUUCGUCCCGGCAUCAUGGUCAUCGGGCAUGCUGCAUGGCAUGGCGGGCAUGAAGGCGCCGGGCAAGGCAGUGCCCAACAUGCCCCACGGGUGUCCCUGGGGCACGGACCUCUGGAAACUUCUCCACGGCCCGUGCGUUGUGUUUGCCUCCCACUGCUCGCUGCGUGUGGGCCCCGCAGUCAAUCUGAUUCGCCUGUGGGGCGGCGACACGCGCGCCCUGCUGCUGCUGCUUGAGACUCAUCCUGAGGAUGUGCCGAUCACUACGUCUCCCUUUCGGCCACUUCGAAUGCACAUUGCCACGUGCUGUCUGCUACCCUCUCACAGUGGCACGCCCCAAGCAGCGAGCGGGCAAGCCAAGCCUGUGGGUGGCACUGGCAGGCACGGGGAGUCAGGUUGAGGCGGCAUGGGGAAGCAGCGACGGAUGAGCCAAGGGAUGUGGGGGGCUCGGGGAGAAUGGGGUUUGGGACCCCGUGGAAAAUGAAGAGGCAGCAGGGAGAGAUGGCAGGGGAAGCGGGAUGGCGGGUCCCAGAGUCCCUCCAGCCCUACCUCGCACCACAACUCCCUGCCUCCAUCGCCCUCCACCCUCUCAGCACCACUCCCUCCCCCCGUCCACUCACCCAUCCGCCCACCCCAUCCGCUGCCAUUCACCUGCCAGCACACCCUCCUCCUUGACCCGUCUCCGAAGGUUCCUCACCCCGCGCCUCCCCCUGCCGCCAUCGCUCACCCUGCUGUCGGCACCAGCACCCCCUCCCAUCCGUGUUCUGACCGAGACAUGCCAACAUCCCAUCCAUGGCUCGCCCCAUCCACUGCUGUCCGCCUGCCGCCCCACCCUCCUCCAUCACACAUCUCCAGCGCCACCUCCAUCCGCCAGUGUCGAUCCACAACCCCAUGUGCCACAGCGCAGAUUCCAUUGGGACAACUUGCCACAUGUCAGAAUACGAGUGGCCGCUCUCUGCAAAGCUCACUUAUGACAAGGGAUAAGAAUGAGAAACGUUAGUAUACUAGCAAGAAUUGUAGCUCAGCUACAACAAAAGAAUUUGGCCAGACUCCAGGCCAGUAUACAAUACAGAUGCACGCUUCUC